ANUGGUGAUUACGCCAUUGUUAUCGCUCACAACCCUGACAACGACACUACUAGGGUUAAGUUGCCGUCUGGUUCCAAGAAGAUUGUCCCAAGUGGAUGCAGGGCUAUGAUUGGUCAAGUUGCUGGUGGUGGAAGAACUGAGAAGCCAAUGCUCAAGGCAGGAAACGCGUACCACAAGUACCGUGUGAAGAGAAACUCAUGGCCUAAGGUUCGUGGUGUGGCUAUGAAUCCAGUUGAGCAUCCUCAUGGAGGAGGUAACCAUCAGCAUAUUGGUCACGCCAGUACUGUUAGGCGUGAUGCACCACCAGGGCAGAAGGUUGGUCUUAUUGCUGCAAGGAGGACUGGUCGUCUCAGAGGUCAAGCUGCUGCUUCAGCCGCCAAGGCCGACUAGAGUUAUAAACAUAAUACUUUGCUUCUCAGUUUUCUAUGUUUCAAGUUUUGUUGUCUGUGUUUCGUUUUGAACCUUGUUCUGAAACCCUAAAAGAUUUUUAUGACCUUAUUCUCUCUCUCUCGAAAAGCUUAUGUUAUUGCAUCAUACUGCAUAUUUUCAUUGCACAAUGUUUUUCGUUUUCUUCUAUUGCUUAUAUUGAAAUUUAUGUAA